AUGGAACUGGAACGGGAACUGCCCACCGACGAUGCCUCCGUGGAGUUGGAUGAACCCGAACCGUGGGGUGAUGUGAGAUCGUCUGAUAGCCAGCUUACCCUGAAGCAGAGUGAGAGCCAAGAGACGAUAAGACCAUCUGGGUAUGAGUUAGCUGAUCCUUCCGAGCUUAGCUCGUACGACAUUCACCUGGGUCUUCUAGUAGAGAAGGGUUUAAUUGACAUUAACUCAUUGGACAAGUCCUCGAACGAGGACCCUGCAGACUAUGCGGACUAUCGGGGUCUUUUGUCCAUGUCGGCGGAUCGUGGUGGAAUUGCUGAGAUAGUCAAAGAAAUGCGAAACGAAUUCAUGGACAAGCUGACCUCCAAGGCUAAGAGCUUCAAGGAAAUCCUGAUUAAGAAAGGCCUAAUGGAGCCAAAGGACGAAAAUCCUGUUAUGAAGAAUGAUGACUCUAAGAAGAAAGCAAAGCCCGAAGACGAGUCCCAGAUUCCUGAUCGUAAGAACAGCGCGGGAAAACCUAAAAAUACAUCUCUGGGAGAAGGCGACGUCAGACGAAAUGGUGAAAUCGCCCUGCUCAUCAAUGAAAUCAAUCAGUUCACUUCUGGCAUGGAGAAAGAUCCGGACACUGCGGACUGGGCUCAUUUCCGGGCCAACCUGCUGAAGAUACAUAAGUACUAUGUGAGUGCCAAUGAGCCGGAAGAAAGAGGCCAAGAACAACCAAUCAGCAAAAUCGGCGCUGUCGGCGUUUCAGAACCAUCAGAAGACGUCAGCGAACCGAUGAAAGUCCUCAGCAGUCGGGCCCAGGACCUCCGUAAAAAUAUCCGGGGUCUCGAGUGCAAGAUGCUUACCCUGGACCACUCCGUUGAUAUCUUUAGCGACAAGUUCAAUCGUAGCCUGGUCACUAAAGAGCACGUGGAGCGGGAAAUGGUGGCGAUUGCACAGGUGCGCGAUAAAAUCGGACGACGUCUAAAUCAGAUGGAAGAGGAAUUUCGCAGGGCCAGGGAGGAUUUAUUUGAUCGGGGCAGGAACCCAAAAAACCAAAGCUAUAUUGCUUCUUCAAUGAAUAAUCCUGAUUGUGGAGCUUGAUUGAUAUGGUUUUUAUGAUAGUUGGCUAUUGAUUAUUGCCAUUAAAUAGGACUAAAAACUUUUCGGAGUAAUACUAAUAAUUAUUAUUUAAAUACAUAACUUUUCCGGACUGAUAAGCAUUUGGUAUGUGAACUUAAUUAGUUUCAAAGAGGCCAAUAAUAACAUACAAUUUAUAACCAUUCCUUGUAUAAAAAAAUAUGAAAAAGCAGCAAAUGUAUAUACCGACAACUUUUUUUAAUGACAAUAAUAAUGGAGCGUAUUAUUAUAUGUAUUAUUAGGUUUAUUAAACAACAAGGAA